UUCUACCUUAACAAUCAUGCUGGAAUUUAGGUUCAAAUUUUAUGAUUUGGCAAUCUUUUUUGUCUUUGUUUAUGACAUUGUCUUUGCUUUAAUAUAUUUUCAUUGAUUAGUAUCCUCUCAUUGACCUAUGUAUCUUUAUUCUUUGUUUACCAUCGGCAUGAUGCUGGCUUAUUUGUCGAGGCUGUUUGUGAACUGGAGACUACUUGCCGGGUUAGGAAUUUUUCCAUGCCUUGUACUGAUAGUUGGAUUAAUUAUUACCCCAGAAUCUCCACGAUGGCUUGCCAAAAUGGGGAUGACAAAAGCUUUUGAAUCCUCCUUACAAGCUUUGCGGGGUUUUGACACAGACAUCACUGCAGAAGUGAAUGAUAUCAUGAGAAUAGUAGCGUCAUCAGCAAACAGGCAAAAUGCAUUCACGUUUGCUGAUCUCAAGAGAAGAAGAUAUUGGUUUCCCUUGCUGAUAGGGAUUGGAUUACUUGUGCUUCAGCAACUCAGUGGUAUCAAUGGUGUUAUCCCCAUUUCCUGCCUUGGGCCUAGAACCGCGAUCCAGGCCCACUAG